CAACAUUUUUAGUGAUGGCCGAUGUUUCAGUUGGAAGGGAUGCUAAAACGACCGUUGCCGAAAUUUAGUGUUAAUUUAAUCACGUUUCCAAUCCGUCGGUGUUUAAAAGUGAAUGAAAUUAAUCAGGAAAAACGUUUCCCGUGCAUUAGUGUUUUGCGUGUCAGUUAAAUUGCUUGUGUGGUACGGUGCUGAAUGUUUGUUGUGUCGUUAUAAUAAUAGGAUCAGUGGAAGAUUCGUUAUAUUGGAUUACGGAUCGCUGUUUAUUUAAUUUUCAAGAAAUAAAGAUAGUGUUGUGCUCGUUCGUGCCUGUGAAGUGCAUCGAUGAUACUCUAGGAGCUCCGGGACGGGGGGCGCCACGCUGCUCGGAUUUAUCAUUUAGGGGCGGUGUGUGAGUGUCGCACCGCCAUGUCGCACCACAGCGACGAGCAGUCAAUGCUCACAGUCACCUCCGACUCCUUCUGGGAGCCCGGCAACUACAAGCGGACCACGAGACGAGUCGACGACGGGCACAGGCUGUGUGGGGAGCUGCAGGCUCUGGUACAGGAGAGGGCGGAUAUAGAGAAGACUUAUGCCAAAAGCCUAAGAGGGUGGGCGAAGAAAUGGAACGACCUUAUAGAGAAAGGACCUGAAUACGGCACGAUGGAGGCGGCGUGGAAAGGCGGCAUGGUGGAGGCGGAGAGACUGUCCGACCUACACCUCACCGUCCGCGACCGGCUCGUCAACGACGUCAUAGCGCAGAUCAAGAACUGGCAGAAAGAUACCUACCACAAGUCAAUGAUCCAGCUAAAAGAAAGGAAAGAAAUGGACGAAGCGUUCAAGAAAGCGCAGAAGCCGUGGGCCAAGUUUCUCCAGAAGGUCGAACGUACGAGGCUAGAGUACCACACGGCGUGCAAGCAGGAGCGGACCGCGCAGAACCAGGAACGGAACGCUGGAGGGGACAGCUCGCUGAGUCCUGAUCAGCGUCAUUUACUGGUUAAGAAAAUGGCGGAGCGCGUAUCCAAAUGCCGCGAGGAUGUGUCCAAGUCCCGAGAGAAAUACCAAGCGGCUCUCGCCGAGAUCACCGCCUACAAUCCUCGCUACAUCGAGGACAUGAGCGGUGUCUUCGAGAGGUGUCAACAGAUGGAAGCCCAGCGGCUGACCUUCUUCAAGGACGUGCUGUUCAGCUUCCACAAGUGCCUCGACAUCAGUCAGGAGCCUACGUUACCCCAAAUCUACGAGGAGUUCCACCACACGAUAAACAACGCGGACCACCAGAAGGACCUGAAGUGGUGGGCCAACAACCACGGCGUUAAUAUGGCCAUGGCGUGGCCUCAGUUUGAGGAGUACACGGAGGAGUUCCGCGAGAUCGCGAAGGGCAAGAAGGAGUCGCUGCCCACCGCGCCCAUCACGCUGCUCAACCAGCGCCCCGUCAGCGAGGACGAGCUGCCGCCAAUCACAAACAACAAGAUGGCGAUGAAGGCCAACCACGAGCCGCCGCCAGCCAACCACAACAACACUUCGAACGCCAAUAAUACGAACAACAUUAUCAAGAAGGAGACCAUUAGCGCGCCUAUUGCUGUCACGAACGGCACAGCCUCAGCACCAAAAUCCAACAAGAGCUCCCCGGCUAAAGAGCCGCCCGGCAAACCGCAAGAGAACCCGUUCGAAGAAGACGAGUGGGACGAGGAGUCCGGUGGCGCGCUCACUGAUACCGGGGAACCUGGGCAGCCCGUGCGGGCGCUGUACGAUUACACUGGGGCGGAGAGCGAUGAACUCAGCUUCAGACAAGGCGACCUAUUCGAGAAACUAGAAGACGAGGACGAGCAGGGCUGGUGCAAGGGCCGCAAGGACGGGCGCGUCGGGCUCUACCCGGCCAACUACGUCGAGCCCGUCGGCCACUAGCCCGACCGCCGCGUCGACCACGCCCACUAGCCGGUAACGAGAGUACCUCACUCGGUCGUACACUGGACCUGCGCACUGUGGAACGACGCCAUACUUGUGGUUUGACUUAAGAAUUUUCUGUUAUUCGAUGAUAACGUUUUAUCGUGUUUACAAAAAUAUUCAAAAUUUGGGAUAGUCCUGAACAGAUUCCCAAGAUCCUUACCAAAUUUCAUAGAUGUUUGAAAAGCAGAAAAUUCUCUAUCCUAACAACAAGUGUGGCGUCGUUCCACAGUGCUGCGGAUAAACUGGACGUUCCGUCUAGGCAAUUCUGUUGAGGUGCGAACAUGACCUUGAAUAAGGUCACGUCGGAAUUGUUCUUUCUCUGCAGGGUGAGAAUCACCAUGCAGAAAGAAAUGAAAAAUGAGAUAGACGUCGUAUAUCGCACCACAGUGGAAUUUCCCAGACGCAGCAUUGAGUUUAAAUUUAAGGUCCUUGACUACGUCCAUGCCAGUGAGGUCUUGGGUCUUGUUCAAAUUAUGUCGCCCAUCGAAAUGCUAUGAGCCUGACGCGAGUUUCAAAAUUAACGCUGUGGACGGAGCGAACCCAUCUAUGUAGCCAAUUGCUAGCACAACCAGGUUUAUACUCCAUAUUGGAAUAUUGAUAUUCAUUUUGAUAAACUCGAGGACGCGCAGUCAAGCAGGAUGGCCGUGUCAGAGUCCGUUAAAUUCAGUUUAAAAAUCAAAGCAAAUGACUCAAUCGUUCAACCAAUGUUAUGUUACAAGUUUGAAGUUAAGCAACUCAAAUAUAAGGAAUUUUCUUUUCAUGGUUGUACAACUUACAUUAGUUUAUUUUAUUUAUUUAAGAAUAUGUUUCGGUUGUGCUCGCCAUUGGUAUGUUUUCAUUAGAGGCCGUUAUUGUUCAAAGCGUUUUGUUUACGUUGAAAUACAAACAUUCGUACAUCGGCUAGGUAUGUCGAGUGUUAAAUAUGUACAUGUGCUCAUGGAGUGGUAAAAUACGCAGUUGCAAAUAAAAAGUUUGUUGUCUUAGCUUUUCUAUAAAAGUCUAAAUAAGAAAGUGUCAAUAGAAGUGGCCAAUAAUGUAUGCAUUACUUGAUAGUUUCCUCAUAACCUCAAACUUUAGUUAUUUUGAAAUUAUUGAAAUUGAAAAUAAAUAGUAAAAUGACUAUCACUUUGGUUUCAUUGAAUAGUUAGGCCAUUCUGAUUGACCUCAAGCAUAAACUUGCUAUACCAUUCUAGUGUAUCUUUGUACAGCAUGAUGGAACAGUGGCCUUAAAAGGUCGCUACAGUUUUCGCGUCGAGUAUGUUGCGAAAACUCUAAAAGGGCUAAAGUUGGGGAUGACAACAUUUAAUGAACAAAUAAGUUUGUCUCGCGCUUGCCUUGAGUAAAGUGAGAUCAUGAACCACUCUUUAAAUUCAUUAUCUUAUUCGCUGCUGUUUUGAAUUUAAAGUAACUUAUUUUUUUUUCUUCAUUUUUUAUCCAAUAAGCUUCUAAAAUUUUAUUUCUUACGUUACUCAUACAGCAUCGAAUUUAAUGAAUUUACUGAUACGACUUAUGCCCUUGUAAUACCAAUACUACGGCGACAAGCGUUACUAUCCGAAAAGGUCUUAUUUUACUGUAUUAUUUUAGUUGUUUUCCUUUAGAAUUUCGGUUUCUAUUUUAAAAACGACAUUAAAACGCUAGUCUUUUCUCUUAUUGUGAAUACUAUUUAAAUCAUGCGUUGAAAAUGUCGUUUUUCAUAGAAAGGUAACGCUGAUCGCUACAAGAUUUAAAAUGAGUUGGAGUUCUGUUUUUACCGUACAGUUACACGCUGUACCGUAUAAAUGGUUUCCAAAAUGUAGCUCACGUAGUUUUUAGGUUAAACUUAAGAAGUGACUCUUGUCUAUGUAAACGUAGAACGGAUAUAGAAUAUACGUCAAAAUUCAAAUGGGUUAUGUAAAAAUACAAGUUACUUUUACAUAGGCGAGAGGCAUUGCUUUCGAGCUAUAUACACCCGUUCGAGCGAGGCAAAGACCGCGCGAUAGUCAAUAGUAUAACGACAGGUGAUGUGUUAAGUACAUUAAAUUAGUAGUUAUGUCUCCUUGUACCGAUUAUGGAUAUUGGAUAACGAUAUAAAUUCACAUCGAUAAGUUUCGCCGUAAGCUUUAAAUUGUCUUAUGAUGUACCGAAUCCGAUAACAGAUCACUUGCACAAAAGAAAUUCGGAAUUUUGACUGCGGAUAUUAUUGUAUCGAUGCUUGUCUUAACAUUUCGAUUGAAAUAUUUUAAUAAGUUGAAUGUUAUUGCAGUGUAUAUUUUCUGCUAAACUUUUGAAAUUAUAUCGAAUUGUUCACCAUAUUUGUUCGGGGUUCGGGAUCAAAGAUUUUUUGUGCAAGUUGGUUUAGAACUUUUACCAAUCAUGUUUUAGAGGUAAUUUAAAAUUGUGACUCGCCAACCAAGACUUCAUUUCUGACGCAUUUGGACCCAAAAUUUUUUUUACGAUUUCUAGACUUUUCUAUUGUAUAAUUUUGAAAAGUUUUCAGACUGUCCACGGGUGGGAUUUGUAAGAGAUAUUUUUGGACGAAGUUGUUUGUACAAUGUGGAAACCAAAAAUGUUAAUUUAAACUUUAGUGGCAUUUAGUGGUGUAUGGACACUGUAACCCGCCGCUCCGAGGCCGUGGGGGACGCGAUUAUAUUUUGUGAUAUGUGGGUGCGGUUCUGUGUACAUACACGAUUAUAUAUUUUGUCGUGCAUAUAAUAUAUUUAUUUCCCAUUGUAUAUAAUGUAUAAUGAUAGCGAGUAAUGUGAAGUUCAUGUAAAGGGGCGGUCGCAAAGCUACACACGGAUGACGGUUGCGUUUUUAUCGCUAGCGAUAAGUGAUAAAAAUAUGACCGUUAUAGGCCGUCUGAUUUAGGCCUAGCAUCGCCUCCCGAGUAGUUUUAAAUAGUGAUAACGAUUAAUAUAUUAUAAAAUGUUUACUUCAAGGGUGUUUUUCCUUUUUUACCUGCGGGCCUUCGGCUCGCUAGUUAUAGUCGCAAUGCCAACUGGCGACUGAGGUCAUAAUGCCAUCUCUUUCACUCUUGGUUGGUCUCAACAAGGGUAAAGGAGAUGGCGUUAUGAGCUCAGUGGCCAAUUGGUAUUGCGGUGAUUAUAGUCGUAGCUCUUGUUUUUUUGUUAUGGGUUCAGUGACCUCUUGUGCAAAUUCUUUGUAUUAUAUUAUUAUCAGAGUCAGGUGGCUUUGGACCACGUAUGUUAAUAUAUUAUUAAUAUUGGUAAAAUAAAAAUUGUUACAUAUGA